CAAUUGCGUCUCUUUAAAUGAAGUGUAACGUUAUACUUUACCGUUCCAUAAAAACCAUAGAAAGAAUGUUCCGUGGUGGUGGUAGUAGUAGAUAUAGUUCUGAGGUUCACUGCUAUUACCAUAAAACAUAGAACAAAAGCAAAACAAAACAAAAUAAAAACGAGAAACGAAAAUAUGAGUGGCAGUGCCAUAUUACGUUCAUAUAAGGAUCUGCCUGUGUGGAUUGUUGAGGAUCAUCAUGAGGUGCUGCCUUUCAUCUACCGUGCAAUUGCCUCCAGGCAUUUACCUUUAAGUAACAUUGCCAUGGUUCACUUAGAUUCUCACCCAGACCUGCUCAUUCCUGUGAAUAUGCCAGCUGAUACUGUUUUUGAAAAAGAGAAGCUGUUUAGUGAACUGAGCAUUGAAAAUUGGAUAAUGCCGGCAGUUUAUGCGGGGCAUUUAUCUCACGUUCUGUGGCUUCACCCAUAUUGGGCACAACAAAUUGCGGAAGGUGAGCACAAGUUUUUUGUGGGAAAAGACUCCUCUACAACUACUAUCAGGGUUACAUGUAAAGAUAAUUACUUUUUAAGUGAUGGACUCUAUGUUCAUGAAAGUCAUCUGGAAAAUAAAAAGAAUUUGCAAUUGGAUGUAAUUCAAGUUAAUCUGAAUAACAAUGCUGUCUUACAAGAUGACAAGACUGAAAAUUAUGCAGCGAAGCGAAUUAAAUUAGACAGCUCAAAAACUUCCCAUUCAUUGAGAAGUGAAAUAGCUGCAGUAGAGCCUAGCACUUUGAGCUGCAUAAGUGAAGCAGCAGAGGGCACUAAAGACAAUGACAUCAAAAACCUUGCCUCACCACAGACAAAUGCAAUUGAUGUGACAAACCAGGACAGUAAAAAGAUCCUCGGCAUCAUAGAGCAAGCAAAAGCCUAUAUACUUGACAUUGACCUGGAUUUCUUUUCUUGUAAAAAUCCCUUUAAGGAAUUAUAUACACAGGAAGAAUAUAAGAUAUUGCAAGAUCUUUAUUCUUUCAAAAUACCUGAAGGUGAUCCAGACGAGGAGACAUUGACAGACUGUGUGGAGUAUCGUGUACAUCAGUUAGAAGAUUUAGAAGCAGCUUUUGCUGAUUUGGUUGAAGAUGACAGUGAAGACAUUUUGAAAAAAUGGGCUGAACACCCAGGGAUGGGCUCACUUUCCCUGCUGGUUCACAGCUUGAAGAGCAGAAUGGACUCACCCGAUUAUGAAAUGGUGCAUCAAGCAGGCCUAACAUGUGAUUACUCUGAGCUGCCACAUCACCCAAGCACUAAUGAAGAGAUUACUUGUUUAAUUCAGUCUACACAGUCCUUGUUAAGAAAUAUGCCUAAGCCAACAUUAGUAACAAUUUCAAGGUCUAGUAUGGAUGAAUAUUGUCCUGCAGAAAAAGUAGACUACAUUCAAAAUGCAGUUCUUAACAUGCUUCAAUCACUUUAUGGUACUGUAGAUGUUCAUUUAGAAUAUAUUACAGACACUUCAACUUCUGACCUCUAAUUUGUUAUUUUAAAACUAAUCACAGCAAUAAGAGGUUAGUUGUAUCCAGCAAAGAUUUGUCAAGAUAUUGUCAUCUGAAGGCUGAACAGGCUGGUAUGUUCAGUUUGGAAUUGGUUUUCUAACCUUUAUCUACAAUGAGAUUACAGUAAAAGACAGUUGUGUAUCAUCCUUCUGUCAGGGAAAGGACGCUGGACUAAAUUAAGAAUCAUUGCAUAAAAGUCAGGUGGAUUACGUAUAGACAUUAAAAUUUACAGCAAUGCUUACAGGCACACAUGCUAAUAUUUGAACUGAGAGUGUAAACAAUACUCCAAAAUAAUACAUUAAUUGUGUUGGGAUAAUGUAAUGUCCCUAGAGGUUUGCUUCCCUUGAUCACUAUUUGGCCUGCUUUAAGCAGGCAGUGUUGUUGUGCUAAUUGUGUCUUACAAAGGUGAAUCAGUGCGUAAAACUUUUUUUUUCUUUUUAAGAUGACCUUGUACAUUGAUGUUAAUGUUUUAUUUUUUCUGUAAACUACUAUUUGAGUACAAGCUGGUUUAAAAUGUGUUUAAUAAAAUCAUCUUUUCUUUAUAUCAAAAUAUGUACCAAUAGAGCUACACACAAGUGAUACAUAUUUAGGAAACUAAAAUAAAGAAAUUCAAUUAAAUGUGUAAUUUUAGUCUAGUAGUUGUCUUUUGGGGAUCCGUUAUUGAGUGUUGCCACCUCAUAAAUCCAAUUCCCCAGGUUAAAAGCUCAGUUGCUCAUGUUCUCCCCAUGUUUGACUGGCUUUGUUUCCAGUUGUUACUGUUUUCCUCACUCAUCUAAAAAAGACAUGCAUGUUAGGGGUCAAAUUGGAAUUGGCAAUUAACCUGUCUAAAAAU